UGACCCACCCAUCCACUCCGCCUGGUUGUACCUCAGUGAUAAAGACUUCGAGCUAAGAUUCGAGUGGCUGGAUGGAUCAGACUUGGACUACGAAAAUUGGGAGAAUGCAGACUACUUUGGUCAAUCAUUCGAUGGGAUUCUUGAGAAGUUCGAAGACGAUUCCCUCGACUGUGUCGUUGCUAUUGGUGACAAGAUGUUAUGGCGCGAGGUCGCGUGCUCUAAUCCAAGUCACGUGAUAUGUAAACGAGAACAAACGAUGGAUGGAAACUGGUCAGUCUGGGAAGCAUGGUCAGCUUGCUCAGUGACGUGCGGAUCCGGAAACCAAGUUAGACAGCGUGAAUGUAACAGUCCAGCUCCCUCCAGCGGUGGACAAGAAUGUCAGGGGGACAACUCGGAAAAGAAGGCAUGUAACCCUGCUGAAUGUGAAGUGGAUGGAAACUGGUCACUUUGGGAAGCGUGGUCAGAUUGUUCAGUCACUUGCGGAUCCGGAAAUCAAGUUAGACAGCGUGAGUGUAACAGUCCAGCUCCCUCUGGCGGUGGACAGGAAUGUCACGGGGACAACUCUGAAACGAAGGCAUGUAGCCUUGCUGAAUGUGAAGUGGACGGAAACUGGUCAGUCUGGGAAGCAUGGUCAGAUUGUUCAGUCACGUGCGGAUCCGGAAAUCAAGUUAGACAGCGAAAGUGUAAUAGCCCAGCUCCCUCAGGCGGUUUACAGGAAUGUCCAGGGGAGAACUCGGAAAAGAAGGCAUGCAGCCUUGCGGACUGUGAAGUGGAUGGGAACUGGUCUGUGUGGCAAGCAUGGUCAGCUUGUUCGGCCACGUGCGGAGCAGGAAAUCAAGUCAGAAAGCGAGAAUGUAACAGUCCAGCUCCCUCUGGCGGGGGACAGGAAUGCAGAGGAGACCACUCGGAGACACAGACCUGCAACUUGUCUGAAUGCUCAGUGGAUGGGAACUGGUCUGUGUGGAAAGCAUGGUCACCUUGCUCAGUCACGUGCGGAGCAGGAAAUCAAGUUAGACAGCGGAUGUGCAAUAAUCCAGCUCCCUCUGGCGGGGGACAGCAAUGUCAAGGAGAUACUUCACAAACUCAGGCUUGUCAAACCUCAGAAUGUAUAGUCGAUGGAAAAUGGUCCAGUUGGGAAGCGUGGUCAGCAUGCUCUGCCACGUGCGGAACCGGGGAUCAGGCCAGACUGCGAAAGUGCAACAACCCAGCUCCAUCUGGCGGUGGACAAAUGUGUCCGGGAGAUAAAUCUGAAGCCCAAUCAUGUACAGUCAGCGAAUGUAUGGUUUCAGUGGAUGGCAGCUGGUCAAACUGGGAAGCCUGGACGGCUUGCUUGGUCACCUGCGGAACCGGACGUCAAACAAGAAUGCGCAAGUGUGAUAACCCAGCUCCCUCUGGCGGAGGACAAGAAUGUCAAGGGGAUAUAUCAGAAACACAGUCCUGUGGACUCUCCGAAUGUAGAGUGGACGGGAACUGGUCGAUAUGGGAAUCCUGGUCAGCUUGCUCGGUUACGUGUGGAAUCGGUAAUCAAUUUCGACAACGGAAGUGCAAUAAUCCUGCUCCCUCUGGCGGUGGACAGGAAUGUUCAGGAGAUAAAACGGGCAUACAGUCCUGUCGUGUUGCCGAAUGUGCAGAUAAACCCCGGCUCAAGGAGGCACUAUUUGAGAUAGCUGCGGAGGGAUACGGUCUUCAAGGAUGUGAAUUGGUGCGGUUGAGACGGACUUCCUUGGUGCAGUGUGCUUUGGACUGUGUCAAUACGAUACUAUGUAAAUCCUUUAACUUUGAGUUUGGUCUUUCGGAGAAUAUGACCCGAAAUCACUCUUGUAUACUGAACUCUGCGACAAGGUUCGAACGACCGCUUGAUUAUGUCACCAUGGAGGGAUACCAGCUAUACAGCCUCGGACCGAAGUUUUGAUUUGACACAUGCUAAGCAUAUUACCAAUACAGCUCUUGUUCACUUAAGAAGUACAUCCCA